UCGGGGCGUGGCGGGAGCAGGCCGUCCCCCCCCACCCCCACCGGCUGCUGCGCGCCGGGCAGCCCCAGUUCAGUGCAGUGUGGCAGCGAGGGUGGCGGGAGCGGCUGGCGCCGUGCGGUCCGCUCCGGCGCAGGGAACUCACCGGUGGGCGGCCGGCCGCUGGGACAGAGCUGACCCUGGGAGGGCGGGCCGGGAGCCGAAGCCGGACCUGCGCGUGCUGAGCUGGGGCUCCAGCGGCCGCCAGACUCCGGAGCAGCGCCCUCCCGCCGGCGCCGGAGCCGGGCGUGGGGGGGUGCAGCAUGCCGGCGCGCGCCGCCUGAGGACGCCGCGGCCCCCGCUCCGGAGCCAUGGUAGUCCUGGCCUGCGUGUUAGCGUUCUGCGUGGCGGCCGUGGCCGGAGCUACCUCCGAGCCUCCCGGCCCGGGACAGCGAGUUGUGCGGAGAGCAGCAGAGGUUCCGGGGCCUGAACCUAGCCAGCAGGAGCAGGUGGCCUUCGGCAGUGGGGACACCGUGGAGCUGAGCUGCUAUCCACCUGGAGGUACCCCCGCAGGCCCCACUGUCUGGGCUAAGGAUGGCGCUGUGCUGGUGGCCUCGCGCCGCAUCGUGGUGGGUCCACAGAGGCUGCAGGUGCUGAACGCCUCCCACGAGGAUGCAGGGGUCUACAGCUGCCAGCAGCGGCUCACUCAGCGUGUGCUGUGCCAUUUCAGUGUGCGUGUGACAGAUGCUCCAUCCUCAGGAGAUGAUGAAGAUGGGGAGGACGUGGCUGAGGACACAGGGGCCCCUUACUGGACCCGACCGGAGCGAAUGGAUAAAAAACUGCUGGCUGUGCCAGCUGCGAACACUGUACGCUUCCGCUGCCCAGCUGCUGGCAAUCCUACCCCCUCCAUCUCCUGGCUGAAGAAUGGCAAAGAAUUCCGAGGGGAGCAUCGCAUAGGGGGCAUCAAGCUUCGGCAUCAGCAGUGGAGCCUGGUCAUGGAGAGUGUGGUGCCCUCUGAUCGUGGCAACUACACGUGCGUGGUAGAGAACAAGUUUGGCAGCAUCCGGCAGACGUACACCCUGGACGUGCUGGAGCGCUCCCCACACCGGCCCAUCCUGCAGGCUGGGCUGCCGGCCAACCAGACGGCCGUUCUGGGCAGCGACGUGGAGUUCCACUGCAAGGUGUAUAGUGACGCGCAGCCACACAUCCAGUGGCUGAAGCACGUGGAGGUGAACGGCAGCAAGGUGGGCCCUGAUGGCACGCCCUACGUCACUGUACUCAAGACGGCAGGCGCUAACACCACCGACAAGGAGCUAGAGGUUCUGUCCUUGCACAAUGUCACCUUUGAGGAUGCGGGGGAGUACACCUGCCUGGCGGGCAAUUCUAUCGGGUUUUCCCAUCACUCUGCGUGGCUGGUGGUGCUGCCAGCUGAGGAGGAGCUGAUGGAGGUUGGCCAGGCUGGCAGCGUGUAUGCAGGCAUCCUCAGCUACGUGGUGGGCUUCUUCCUCUUCAUCCUGGUGGCGGCAGCCGUGGCGCUCUGCUGCCUGCGCAGUCCCCCAAAGAAGGGCCUGGGCUCGCCCACCGUGCACAAGGUCUCUCGCUUCCCGCUCAAGCGACAGCAGGUGUCCUUGGAGUCCAACUCCUCUAUGAACUCCAACACACCCCUCGUGAGGAUCGCCCGGCUGUCCUCAGGAGAAGGUCCUGUUCUGGCCAACGUCUCUGAACUUGAGCUGCCUGCCGACCCCAAGUGGGAGCUCUCCAGGACCCGGCUGACUCUUGGUAAGCCUCUUGGAGAAGGCUGCUUUGGCCAGGUUGUCAUGGCAGAAGCUAUCGGCAUUGACAAGGACCGCACUGCCAAGCCUGUCACUGUGGCUGUGAAGAUGCUGAAAGAUGAUGCCACUGACAAGGACCUGUCAGACCUGGUGUCUGAGAUGGAGAUGAUGAAGAUGAUUGGCAAGCACAAGAACAUCAUCAACCUGCUGGGGGCCUGCACACAGGGCGGGCCCCUGUAUGUGCUGGUGGAGUAUGCAGCCAAGGGCAACCUACGAGAAUUCCUGCGGGCACGGCGGCCCCCAGGCAUGGACUACUCGUUUGAUGCCUGCAGGCUGCCGGAAGAGCAGCUAACCUGCAAGGACCUAGUGUCCUGUGCCUACCAGGUGGCACGAGGCAUGGAGUACCUGGCUUCUCAGAAGUGUAUCCACAGAGAUCUGGCUGCCCGAAACGUGCUGGUGACAGAGGACAAUGUGAUGAAGAUUGCAGACUUCGGCCUGGCCCGCGAUGUGCACAACCUGGACUACUACAAGAAGACCACGAAUGGCCGGCUACCUGUGAAGUGGAUGGCACCGGAGGCCCUGUUUGACCGAGUCUACACCCACCAGAGUGAUGUCUGGUCUUUUGGGGUGCUUCUCUGGGAGAUCUUCACGCUGGGGGGCUCACCAUAUCCUGGCAUCCCAGUGGAAGAGCUUUUCAAGCUAUUGAAAGAGGGCCACCGCAUGGACAAGCCUGCCAACUGCACACAUGACCUGUACAUGAUCAUGCGGGAAUGUUGGCAUGCAGUGCCUUCACAGAGGCCCACCUUCAAGCAGUUGGUAGAGGACUUAGACCGCAUCCUCACUGUGACGUCGACUGACGAGUACCUGGACCUGUCAGUGCCUUUCGAGCAGUACUCGCCAGGCGGCCAGGAUACUCCGAGCUCCAGCUCCUCUGGGGAUGAUUCUGUGUUCACCCAUGAUCUGCUGCCCUCAGCCCCACCCAGUAACGGGGGACCUCGGACGUGAAGGACCAACAGACCCACAGACCACGCCCCAGGCAAUGUUUACGCGGACCCUAGCCCGCCCUGAUGCUGCUGGUGUGCAGUGGACUCCGGCCAGCCCAGCGCAAUGGGCCCAAAAUAGACAGGACUUGUGUGUGUGCAUCCUCGGCUCCUGAGGGCAGAGGCCCCUUGGGAACAGCAUGCACCGCUAAACAGUAACGACAGGACUGGUCAGGGCCAGGAGCACCAAGUGUAGAAUGUAAGAGGGCCUACCCUGUGAAACCCCGGAGUCCUGGCUCCCUCACUCCCCACUGCCACCUUGCAGGAACCAUCGCAGAGGGCUAGACUCCAUGGCCAGGGAGGGCCUUGGCCUUGCUGGUGCCCCAAACUGAGCCUGCAGGGAAGCUCUGCCCUAUGUGGCGGGCCUCUCUCCUACCUGGCACCUUGUGCCUGGGGGCGGGUCGCAGAUCUCCACAUCCAGGCCUUCUGCUUCCCACCCUGCCCCUCAGACUGAAAUUACGGGUACCUGAAGGUGGGAGCCAUAACUUCUAUCAGAAAGGUUUAUUCCAGAGGCAAAUGUACAUUUCUAUAAAUAGAUGUUGUGUAUGAUAUAUUUACAUACGUAUAUAUAAGAAUAUCUAUAUGGAGGAAGGCAAAGCUGAGGCCCAGGGGAGCAAGGUACCCCAUGGGGCUCACUGGUAAAAUGGCAAGAGCAAGCCGAGAAGCAUUAGGGGCUUUUCUGGCACUGCAGUUUUGUUUGUACCUGGACCUGUAUAUUUGUAAAGCUAUUUAUCAUCCCUCAGCCCUGCACCCCCCCCCCCAGGUUCACAGCCUUUAGCCCCGGGUAUUGCAGAGAUUUAAGUUGUAACUUAUUAACAGCUGAGGAUGUUUAUGCUGAAUUUAGGGGUUGCUGAGAAUGUGCAUCUGGCCCACAGCAAGGCUGAGUUGGCCCUUCGAGGCUCGAGUGGCCCUCACAGUUAGAGGUGGCCCUGUCGAGCAGUUUUCAUUGCUUUUGGCCCUCUUUUGUGGGGGUUAGGUUUAUAGAGGAACUUCUCUUUAGGAGAUUUUUAAUUGCAAGGUGAACUGGUGUUUUUCAUACAGAUUAUUCUAAUUGUUAUGUAUUCCAGGCAGGAGCCUGCGCCCAGGCAGUGGCGGCCCUGCGUGGAGGUUCAGAUGUUAAUAGAUGUUACAAGUUUAUCUAUCUAUAAUUUAUUGAGUCUUUACAAGUUGUUUUGCUUUAGGCUUAACACUUCCUAUGCAGAACUUCUAGACUUUUAGAGCCUAGACUGCUACUUUUCAAAGCUUGGGAGAAAGAGUGCUGAAUGCAAUAUUGUUACUUUUGUACUGUUACUGGGCUGUAGGCUUUGGUGGCUAUCAGCCAUCAGCCUGUUAGCCAUCAGGGCCAGGACAGUGGCUCAGGGUGACUUUUCUUGGGGCCCAGCACAGGGUUUGUCAGCCCACACUGGCAGAUGGGGUUUUGUUAAUGCAGCCAACUUUCCAAAAAAUAAAGAUAACUCCUUCUGA